GUUUGGGAGGUGUAAUGAAUUCGAUUGAUUAUAUGAAACUUUUAUAGAAAAGCUUAUAGAUAAAUAGCAAUGCCAUAAAUGCGUUUAAUUAGAAUUAGUUGUUAUGCUAAUUUGGAAUGAUGGGUUAAAAGAAAAACAAUACUUCACAAAAUCCAAUUACUGUUGAAGAUGAUGAACCUCCUUAAAUUUAGAAAUGUCAUAAUUCUAAAUGCAACAAUAAAGGAGAUCGUAAGACCAAAUCAAAAAAAGGAGAGACUCUUUAAUUCUGUGACAAAUGUUUAAGGUUAUACAAUCGUGGAAAUUAUUGUGAUUUUUGUGAAUAGGUAUUGGAAGAAUUUCUAAGAUUUUUAGGUAUAUUCGAAUGGGUCAUAUGAUCAAGAUGAAUAAGAAUGGAUUCAAUGUGAUGAAUGUGAGAAAUGGGUAUAUAUAAAUAGAUAUUGAUAGAAUCAUUUAAAUUGUGAAGCUAAAUAUAGAAAUUAGAAUAUUAAAGAAGAGACUGAGAAUAAAGUUUAUUAUUGUUUAAAUUGUUCUAAAAUUAAAAAACAAUAAUAAUAACAUUAACAAUAAUAAUAAUAAAAAUAAUAAUAAUAAUAAUAAUAGUUUCAGUAAUAGAAGAAAUAAGAGAAGAUUAUAGAAGAAUAUCAACCAAAAUAAAGAACUAUUAUAGAAUAAGAGGAUGCUAGAACAAGAGAGAAAAAUAUUAAUUUUGUAGCCACUAAAGAUAAUAAGGUUUAAUUUAGUAAAUUUAUAAAUUUAAAAUUAUUUAAUAGCAUUUCGAUUGAAUCUAUAUGAUGAUGAAAUUAAGUCAGAUCUCGAUUUUCUGAGAAAUUCUGGCAAAAAGAAUAUUAAGAAAUAAAAUUAAUAAGAUUCUCCAAUCAUAAAAUAAAAUAUUAUACCAUAACAACAAUAAUAAUAAUUAUUAUUAUAACAAUAAUAAUUAUUAUUAUCAUAAUAAGUAUAAUCUAUAUAAGAAGAGAAAGUAAAAAUAUAUUAAUAAUUCAUAAUUAGAAUUCUGAUUAGUAAAUGAAUGGUAGACGUCGAACUAGAAAUAAUAAAAAUAGAGUUAAUUAUCGGAAUUUAGGGGGGGAAUGA